AUGUACCCUAUAAAGAGGUACCUUCUAACGCUUAAGUCCUACGUUCAUAAUAGAGCUCAUCCUGAAGGUUCAAUUGUUGAAGGCUAUUUAGCUCAAGAAAGUGUAAUAUUUUGCUCCAGAUGUCUCUCGGGAGUAGAAACCAUAUUUACUAGACCAAUUAGGAAUGAUGAUGAAGGUCACCAAAAUGAGAUUGAAGAAUCUAACAAUCUUUGCCCAGGUCGCCCAUUGGGAUGUAAAAAGCAUUCCGAGAAGUCACUUCAGAAAAGAAAGAGAUCUUCAAAUUUCGUCCUGGACGAGAAGUCACUCACUCAAGCACAUCGUUAUGUCCCAUUUAAUGUCGUAUCAGUUUCACCAUUCCGAGAGGAACACAAAAGGAUAAUAAAGGGACAAAAUCGAUCUCGGCGGAUACAUGAUUAUGAAAUCAACAAGAUUCAUUGCCAACAAUUUAGUGAUUGGUUUAAGAGAAGGGUCGGAUGCAUGGACGAGCAAGGAGAUCAAAAAGUAACCGAAGAAAUAAAAUGGCUUGCAUCAUCACAAGUCGACAAGGUGUUCUACUCCAUGGAUCCUAAACAUAUAGGUUGGGAGAUUGUGUGGCAUGUAAAGCUUAGAGAUGUAUUUUACAUGGGAGGAGGAUGGGUAGGCGCAAAAGGAGGCAUCAUCACCUCAACUGAUAUCCCUAUUGACAGUGAGAUACAUGAUCAAAGUUCUGAGUUUUCUGCAACUGAUAUCCCUACUGAAGGAGAACAAUCAGGCCAUCCACAAACUACUGAAGGAGGCCAGUCUACUGCUGAAGAACACAGCUCUACUGAAGGAGGUUAA